UCUAGAUCAUUUUUACUAAUCACAAGUGUAAAGCCCAAUCUUAAAUUAAGAAAAACAGUUAACACCAAAUAUUGAACGUUUCUAUUUUGUUAAUCAUCAUUGUUAAAUUGUCUUUUUAUCUUUUCUCAAUUAAUCACUUGCAUCGUUUUCUUUUUCUCUAUUAACUAAUUAACCUGUUCUGUGUUUGGAGGCUUAAAGAAUAAUAAAAAAAAAGAAGAUACUUUUACUCAUCUCAAUGAUAUUGAAUGAGUUAAAUAAGUUCACUAUGGAUCGUCCAAUGGUGACUAUUUCACCUGGUUCAUCUAAUGCCAACAACAUAAUCAACAAUCACAUCAUUAACAAUAAUAUGUGUCUCUCAGUUGACUCGCUUUAUAACAACAAUCUUAACAACAACAACAACAACUUCACAAAUUUCAACAACAAUAUUGCUCUUGUCUAUAAUAACCCUCAACAAGUUAAUGGUUACAAUGGUAAUAACAACAAUAAUAAUAUGGAUGAUAGCUUCAUGUUUGACGAUAAACUGAUUGAUUUUGACCAAGAUUUAGACACUUUAAGCUUGUCUCUUUGGCAAUCAGAAGGAUUUAAUGGUACAAAUUGUGAUGAAUCGAUGAAAAUCGAAGACAUCUUUCAAAAUGAUAUUGGUUCAUUCUCUGGAGGGCCAACAUUAGCUGAGCUUAAUUUGGUCGAUGAUAAGCUUGAUUCAACAGAUCUAGAUGAAUAUUUGGCUAAUCCAACACCAAUGGUUCCAGUACGAGAUAUUAUCCAAAUCGGUGAUGACAAAAGUCUUGUACCUCCAAAUGAAACAAAAAAAUUGAAUACUCUGAAUGGUCUCCCUGUGUUUAAUAAUACAUUUAUUCCUAAUGGGACAAAUGUCCAACUGACACCUGAUGAGGUUGAUCAGAUUAUUUCGUUGGCUAAUCCAUCUAUAAAUCCUCAAGAAUCCUACAAUCCUGUAUGUCCAAACACCCAAUCAAUACCUUCUUACUCAUCAUCACGUCAAUCAUGGGAACCCAAGACAAUCCUAAACUCAGCGGAAUUCAAUAUUCAACCUCAACCUGCAAAUCAACUGUCCUCUCAAAUUGAUAUAAAGCCAUUUGUAGAUCAUAAAUUAUUUUUUCCAACAACCAGCUCGAAAAACAAUUCAUCCUGUGGUAGAAACAUCAGCAACAAUGGUAACUGUCAUUUGGAAACCAUCUCAGAAAGUCCCACCAUGACAAUUAAACAGGAACCUGUUUCACCGAGUACGGAUCUGAAUAAUUUAGUGAUUAACCAUGAUAAAGAAAAUUGUGAUGUUAGCAUGGAAAAUGUCAAGGAUGAUCAACUUGUCACCCAAACUGUUUAUCGUCCUGAACCAAGUCCAGAAUAUGUUAAACCAAGACUCAGACGGCGAAACAACUCAAAUAGUACCGAAUGUAGCUUUUCGUCUCAUGAUGAAGGAUUUGCCAGUCAACCUGAAGAUAAUUCAGAUAAUGAUCAAGAAAAUGAUGAUUCAGAUGAUGAAUCUUUUUACAAAGAUUAUAAUGCAAAAGAUUUACUUGGUGCCACAACUUCAGAUGAUGUAGAAAACAAAUGGGCACUCGACAUGGGAAGAUCUCGUAAAACUGGUCAACAAAGAUACUUUUGGCAAUAUAAUGUUCAAUCAAAGGGACCCAAAGGAACCCGAAUAAUUCCUGUACAAGAAAAAAGUAACGAUCCUCAUGUUUUAGCCGAGGCUAAAGAUCCCGUUUUCGCUUCUGAAUGUCCCAUGGAGGGUGUUAAACAUGCGGGUAAAGCUCGUCGAGGUGAUGGUAAUGAUCUAACUCCCAAUCCAAAGAAACUUCUCAUGAUUGGCCUGGAAUUGAAAAAAUUGAGCAAAGUGAUUAAUGAUUUAACUCCAGUUGCUCAAGUUCCCGUCAACUCGCGUAAUAAAUCACGAAAGGAGAAAAAUAAACUCGCCUCUCGAGCUUGUCGUUUAAAGAAAAAAGCUCAACACGAAGCGAAUAAGAUCAAACUGUUUGGACUUCAACAAGAACACAAAAAGAUGAUGAACGCACUUAUUGAUAUUCAACAUUUAGCCAAUGUGGUUCUGGACGGGAAACGAUCUAAUCGAGAGGAUCGACUAACAGAUUCUUAUGAAAAUAUUGUGUCAACCAAAGGGCCAAAAGUAAAGGUAGCCGGUAACACGACUGAAUUUGUAAAUUCAAUUCUGGAUAAUGUAUCAGCAGGAAUUUCAGACGGUGGACUAGAUAAACUAUAAAGGUCGUGUCAAAGUCUUUUUGUGAACAAGUAAACAAAGAAUCAUCAAAAGAUAAAUCAAAAUAAGAAAAAAAAACCAAAAGCAUUUGGAUAUUUAAAUAUAUAACCUCCUUCGUCCUUUGUAAAUUGUCAAUGAAGAAAACGGAAAACUUUCACAACCCAAACGCCAACCCUGAUCACGAUUACGCAACUGAUUAUGCCUGAAAAAAAAUGAAUUCAAAUGCAACGAUGGAUUUUUAUUGGUUCGUUUUUAUUUCGUUUCAUGUCUUUCCUUUUACCCGUUCCCGUGACCUUCAAGGAUGAAUAACAAAUCUAUUUGUUAAUCAAUGGUCGCUAUUGGAUCAAGAUACAAACAACACAAACACACACACACCAUAUUAAACGUGUUCAGUGGCAAUUAACAAGUAAAUCAAACCCCACCUUCUUUAUUUUAAGUACGAAAGCUGUAACUGUAACGCACUGUGAUAACGAAAAACAAAAUGUCGACAAGUUUAAAGAAACAAAAAUGGAGACAAACCCCCCAAGUCAAACUUAAAUUAUAACAAUUAACACGAGAAAAGGGUGAAACAAUUUAUCUCUCUCUCUCUCUUUGACCAUUCAAACGGUCAUUCAUUUUCAACUUAUUCUCUUUAUCAUCCUCUUCCUUUCACAAUUUCCUCAUCCUUAAACUCCUAUCAACAUUUUCUUUGUUUACUCCAAAUGAAAAAAAAAAACAAUUGAUUAUAUUUCUUGUCAAAAUUACAACAAAACAAAAAAGCAUUUCAUUGAUCUUCCCACUCUCUCUCUCUCUCUCUCUCUCUCUCUCCAAAUCUAUCUCAUUCUUCAUGUUAAUAGUUGAAUCAUAUUUAAAUAGAUGAUUUAUAUUAUAUUUAAUUACGAUUAAUGUAUAUUUAGAAAAUGUAUCUUGAGCAUCUAAUUCCAUGUACAGUGUAUGUUUCCCACUUUCCACUCUCUCUCUCUCCUACCUCUCUCCUUAUCUUCGUUAAAUUACUAUAUUUAUAUUCACUUUCUAUACAUAUAUUUUAAUUUCCCAAAAACAAUUAACUAAUCACAAGAAGAACGAAAACAAAAAACUAUUCUAAUUUGUAUGUUUACCUCCUUUUCCUUGAAAAAUUUUAUCCACAAUUUUUAAGUGAUAACUUUUCCCUCUUUCCUGUUGAUCUGAAGAUAUUAUUUACAUAUACAGUUUACCAUUGGAAAAACAAAGAAAUUAAUUUUUACUCUCGAUUCUCUUUUGAUUGUUAUUCCUAAAUUAAUAAUUAACCUCAUUUUUCACCUUUUCUCACUUCACACCUUUUCUUUUUCAUAAUAUUAUCUAAUCAUUGUAAAUAUUAUGACAAUUUAAGUUUGACUGAUUGAUCUUUGAUUGGUCACAGUGUUACAAGUGAUUUCUUUGAAUGAACUACAUUAUAUUUUGUUAAAAUUGUAAUCAACUAAAUUACCAACUAAAAAAAUGUUUAAAAAGACAAUUAAUCAAAACAAAAAGAAACGAAAUAAAAUAUUCUUCACUUGCCUAA